AUGGCGAAUGCCUUGAUUGCCCUUCUCAGCAUGUCUGAAGUUCCCAUUACUAAAGAAAUAAAGAUGCCACCCUGUGAUGACCCUGAUGGGAACACUGACCUCCAAUUCGAACAUGAAUCCAGUGGAAAUAACCGAAGCAAGUACCGAAAAGCCUUAAAAUUUGAUCUAAAGAUGACUCCAGUGGUGGAAAAAUUGGGCUCCAGGCCUGCUCACUCGAGUUCAAAAGAAACAGAGAAAAGCCUGUCUGCCUCUAUUUCACACCAACUAAACCAAUGUGGCAGACAGUUUUGUUCUGAGAAGAAUUUGAUGUACAAUACAUCUCUGAUUCUAAUGCUGGAUAAGGAAAAGAAGAGGACAACAACAACCAGCAGCUUGGAUGAUUGUUGUAGAACAGUGUAUGAGUUCAAUUACAUUGCAGAUGAGUGUACUGCUAGAAGACCUGAAAGACCAGGUUACCGCACUAGAAAUUGCCCUUGCAAAAUGAAUCACUUUUCCCGGAAGAGCUCCUCAGAGCUUCCACAGUUGGAAUACAGGCCAUCCCAGACAGACUCAUCAAAUAACUUAGCAAUGGAUACCUUUUGGCUAGAAGUAGAGAGCAUCAAAGAAAGCACUGAAUCUGAGUCUGAUGAGGGCAGCCUUACAGAAGCCAAGGUUUUAGAAGAGGGGGAAGCCGAAGCUGAAUGGCUGCAGGAUGCAGGACUCUCUGACCUAAUGAAGGACCAUGAAGAGAAUAGCAACAUUGUCCUGCUGUCCACUUUGACCAAGACUCAGGCUGCAGCUGUGCAGCGAAGGUUAGAUACUUACACCCGCUCCCGACGGAAGAAAAAUAAGCAGCCCAUCCGUGAUGUCAGAGACAUUUUUGGAGUAGUUGAGUCUGGGGAGACUGAACCAGCGAUGGAGGCUGAAAUGGAUCGAUCUCACCGCAGGUCUGCUUCAUCUAACAACCUUCAGAAAUAUCCAGUGGGGAUUCCAGACUUUCAGUCUCCACUGAGAGAUUCUGUGAGAGAAGAAUUAUUCAGCACUGAAGUUGCCUAUUCAGAGCAGGCUGCAAUCCUGCUCAAAGGAUCAUUCCCAAGGGAAACCAGGAGAAUAAAGGAAGAGAGUUGCUUGUCUAAGUUUAAGAUCCCUAAGGGGAGGCUAGGAGUAACCAGAACAGAAGAUCUGUCUCUUCAGGACAUGAAGAAAAUUCCUACCCUAGCACUUAUUGAACUAACUGCACUCUGUGAUAUUGUUGGCUUAGAGCUGAAGAGGAACAAGGCAGUUAAACGAAAGUCAUCAGACCACAAACUUUUUGGAGUUCCACUUGGCACUUUGCUGGAAAAUGAUCAAAAACUUCUUUCAAACACCCGGGUUCCACUGAUACUACAAGCGUUGCUUUCAUGUUUGGAAAAGAAAGGGCUGGAUACAGAAGGAAUCCUGAGAGUUUCGGGGUCACAGUCUCGCAUUAAGUGUUUGGAACAAAAACUGGAAAAUGAGUUCUACACUGGCUUCUUCCGGUGGGAUGAGGUGCAUCAAAAUGAUGUCUCCGGCCUGCUGAAGAGAUUUAUUCGAGAGUUACCCACACCUCUUCUGACAGCAGAAUACUUGCCUGCCUUUGCAGCUGUGCAGAAUAUCCCGGAUUUGAAACGGAGGCUGCAGGCUCUCAAUUUGCUCAUACUGAUUUUACCAGAGCCUAACCGAAACACCCUGAAGGCGCUGCUGGAAUUCCUUAGGCUGGUAGUUACCAAAGAAAGAAAAAACAAGAUGAGCCUUUGGAAUGUUUCCACAGUUAUUGCUCCAAACCUCUUCAUGCACAAGAGUUUGCCAAGCAAGAUCCCAGAAGGAAAAGAGAAGCAGCUGGCAGAAGGAGCGGCAGAUAUUGUUCGAAUGAUGAUCCAUUAUCAAGCUUUGCUCUGGACUGUUCCUUCUUUCUUGGUAACUCAAAUAAGAAAACUGAAUGAGAACAGCAGCUGGAAGUAUCAGUUCUAUGACAGGAGGAUCAAGAAUCUAUUAAGAAAGAUUCAUGCAGACAAGGAAAAGACAGAAAAGAACAACGUUGAGCCUUGCAAAAUAGUCAAAAUCCAGGCUUCCUUGUUCUUGAAAGACUCGCUGGAAGUUCAUUUAACGCACGGAACAAAAGCAGCCGAUGUUCUAAGACAGUUCCAGAAGAACCUUGGUCAGAAUGGCUGGAAUAUUGUCAGCACAGUCAACAUAAUCAAAUGUAAUGGUUCAGUGGAUUCGAUGAACUUCCUACUAUAUGAAGUUGGCGGCAACAUAAAUGAACAUUGCCUGGAUCCAGAUACAUAUCUUUUAGACCUCUACCAUGUGAACCCUCAUGCAGAAUGGAUUAUAAGGCAAACCCCGCCUUUUCCAAGAACACCUUAGGGAGACUGCUUAGUUAAAAAAAACAAAAACACAACGGGGCCAAGAAUUUGUAUUAAGUUGUUUAAACAAAGCUGGAACCAAGCACACCAUAUGUUCAUGAAGAUAACAGUUGAAAUGGAGCAGUAACUCUACAUUUGGAAAAUUAGCAAUUCCUUUUGAAUGUUCAUUUGAGAUGAUAGCCAAUAGAAGGUGACAAAUGUUGUAUGAUAAGAUGUCUUAUAUCAAAGGAAAGCUGGUAGGAAAAAAGAAGGAUGGAAAGCAUUUGGAAAAACUCGUGCAGAUAAUCAGAUUUUAAAGUUUGUUCACAUGGGAGCAUAUCUCAAUAUGUAAUAGCUGGUUAUCAAUGUUGACUUUUAUAAAGUGAAACUGAAUAUUUGAAUUAAGUCUUCUUGUACAACCAUGUAAUUUUUUAAAGAAUAUUCCUGUUUGUUUAUUUCUGGAGAGUUUAAUUGAUAACCAGCUGCCUAGAAUAUAGAAGGAAAAUUGAUUAUUAUAGUGGGAGUUCUACCUUAAGAAUACGUCUGUCCAAGGACAGGAUGAUCAUACUAUGCACAAGUAAUAACUGUAAGUAAUGAAUUCUUCUAUAAUGACUUUGAACAUUGCAGUUACACAUAGAUGUGUUUGUAUAAGUACAGUUUUAC